AUGAGUACAGCGCUGCCUGCUAAUGAAUUUUCUGACCUCGAGUUACAUGUAGGUGGUGGUGCCAAGAUACCACUCGCGCUAGCCCCAAUGAAGACUAAGGGCAAAUUAACCGACUGCCACGACGAGUUCCUGCGACCAUCAGAAUUCCUCGCAACGGGUCUACCAGCAGCAACAUCACGACAACUCGGUCCCCAACCUUGCCCACUAACACACAGGAGACCAACAUCGUUCGCCAUGUCUGACAAGUCUCACCGUCUCUACGUCAAGGGAAAGCACAUUUCCUACCAGCGAGGAAAGCGCAACACCAACCCCGGUACCUCACUGCUCAAGCUCGAGGGUGUAGACGACUCCAAGGCAGCACAAUGGUACGCCGGUAAGCGCGUAGCAUACGUCUACCGCGCUCAAAAGGCCAUCCAGGGCUCCAAGAUCCGCGUCAUCUGGGGCAAGGUCACCCGGCCACACGGCAACAGCGGCGUCGUUCGCGCCAAGUUCAGGUCCAACCUGCCUCCCAAGUCUUUCGGUGCCUCUGUUCGCGUCAUGCUGUACCCUUCUUCGAUAUAA